CUGUGUUUAUCUCUGCAGUCUCUGGAUUUUUAGGCUACAGCGGUUUGCGGUACUUUGGGCCCUCUCGCUUGCCGUCUUCAGCGGGGGCGGGGUCUGAGUUGUAGUUUUUACAGUGUAAACAACAUGCCGGGCUCGUGUAGUGAAGAGGAGCAGCAGGAAGAGCAGAAACAGAGUUUUAAUGUGGUCACAGUGGUGUCACAGUUUGCGGAUGAUAAUCUGACUCUGGUGCGGAACAUCAGCACAGGACUUGCAGUGGCCGGUGUGCUGGUCAUAGCGAGGAGCAUCAGACUGAUUACAAAAUUCAGCUCUCCCUCUGAAAUCCCGACCCGGUUCAUCGAGAGGAGCAUCAGUAUCAGGGGCAGAGUGAGGAGAGUAACUGAGAGCGGCCUGGAAGUGGAACACGUCCCAAUUUAUGUCCCUUUGGUUUCUCCCCUGCUGACUAAACGUCAGCCCGUGGCCUCCCUGGAUGUGCGGCUGGCCGGGGUGGAGCUGACCCCGCAGGGCCAGGAAUGGCUGUCCCAGCGGCUCAGGCCGACCCAGGCGGUGUGGCUCCGGUUGAUCAGCCGCCAGGAGGAGAGCCUGCACUGCCUAGUGUCGGUCAGCAGGGGUUCCAUCUUUACCACAUGUAUCAAUGAGGAGCUUCUGUGGUUGGGUCUGGGGAGGACCGCCCCUCUCCAGGGUGUGGACCCUCACUCUCGACUCUACUUCAAGAUCCACAGGCGGCUGCUGAAGUCUGAGCGGAGGGCAGAGAAAAAGGGGGAAGGCCUUUGGAAAGAGGAGAGUCUGAGGGAGAGGAUCAGUCAGGCCCUCAGCAGCAACAUAGUUGUUGCCACAAUUAAGAGAAUGCUAAACUGGAUGUCUAGAACUAAGGACCGGUGAUGCCCUGAUAUAAAAAUCUCUAUGGACCACAUGGCAAAGUGGAAAUGUCAACUAUUCAGAACCACUGACUGGACAUAAUAUGUUUUAAUAUUCAUUGAGAGCAACAUAUGUUGCCUUUAAGAUUAUUUUCCCAGGGUUGUUCAUUCACUUUUCAACAAGACACUAAAUUAAAAAGAUGUGGCUGUGGCUGGAAGAAGAGGCUACAAUACUGGACUGACCUGUCUGCAGUCCCUACAUGUCUUUAAUAGAGAAUGUGUGGAGAAUUUUGAAACACAAAUGUGACAAAGACAAUGUCAUACUAUUAUACUUAUACACUACAAGACGGGUUCAUACUGCCUACAAUUAAAUAAAAGACAAAGGGAAUUAAAGAAA